UGAAAGAGGUUGCUGGGAGAGGAAACGGAGAGGCAGAGGAAGACAAGAGAGACAUGAUUAGACCGGGCCCACUGGCUUUCUUUUAGCCAAGUCUGUGUUUGAAUGGGGUCCAGGCACACUGGGAGAAGCAUGAAAUGGAUACAUGGGAAGAUGAUCCAACGGACCAACGUACUUGCCUUAUCUGUGGAGAUCGCGCCACAGGCCUGCACUAUGGCAUCAUCUCUUGUGAGGGCUGCAAGGGCUUCUUCAAGCGCAGCAUCUGCAACAAGCGUGUUUACCGCUGCAGCCGCGACAAGAACUGCGAGAUGUCACGCAAGCAGCGCAACCGCUGCCAGUACUGCCGCCUGCUCAAGUGUCUGCAGAUGGGGAUGAACCGCAAAGCGAUCAGAGAGGAUGGCAUGCCAGGAGGGAGGAACAAAAGCAUCGGGCCCGUUCAGAUCACAGAGGAGGAGAUAGAGCGGAUCAUGUCGGGGCAGGAGUUCAAGGAGGACGCCCCGGAGCACACCUGGGGCAACAACGGAGACAGUGACCACAGCUCGCCGAGCAACGGAGCCUCGGAGGGCAACCAGCCUUCCCCUGCCUCCACUCUGUCCUCCAAUCGCUCUGUGGAGAUGAACGGCUACACGGCGGCCCUCAGAGACCAGUACAUCAACAACUCCAUGUCCACACACUACCAGCUCCUGCCCCACCUGUUCAGCUACGCCGCCCAGUCCGGCCUGCUGGCCCCCCAGCCCCGCAGCCUCUACCCACAGUCCCACCCACUGGUGCUGCAGCUGGUGGCAGCUGAAGACCUGGCCCCCCUGGGAACCCCUAUGCUCAUAGAAGACGGGUACAAAGUGACUCAGGUGGAGCUGUUUGCGCUGCUCUGCCGCCUGGCAGACGAGCUGCUCUUCCGCCAGAUCUCCUGGAUCAAGAAGCUGCCGUUCUUCUGCGAGCUCUCCAUAGAGGACUACACCUGCCUGCUGAGCUCCACCUGGCAGGAGCUCAUCCUGCUCUCCUGCCUCACCAUCUACAGUGCGCAGAUCUUUGGAGACCUGGCCGACGUCACCGCCAAGUACACGCCGUCUGACGAUGAGCUGCAGGGCUUUAGCGAGGACGGGAUGGAGGUGAUGGAGAGGUUGAUUUAUCUCUUCCGGAAGUUCCACCAAUUGAAGAUCAGUAACGAGGAGUACGCCUGCAUGAAAGCCAUCAACUUCCUCAACCAAGACAUCCGAGGACUGUCCAACACCUCGCAGCUGGAGCAGCUCAACAAGCGCUACUGGUACGUGUGUCAGGACUACACGGAGUACAAGUACCCGCACCAGCCCAAACGCUUCCCCGAGAUCAUGAUGUGUCUCCCGGAGAUCCGUUGCAUCGCAGGGAAGCUGGUGAACGUCCCUCUGGAGCAGCUCCCCCUCCUGUUCAAAGCAGUCUUGCACUCCUGCAAAUCCAGCCUGACCAGCUACAGGAGCGGCCCGCCGCCCUGCGUGACCGCCUCCUCUGGAAACUAGACACCCCCCAUUGACCCUCCGAGGCGAGGGACUGGUCUCCCCUCUUGUGAAUGUGACAAGCAGCUAGUUUGUUUUUUGUAACUUUUUUCUUUAUAUAUUUAUUACACGACAGAGCUGAAUGUAUGCUGAUUACACUGUGCACAUGCUUCUGUACAAAACAAAUGCUCGUAGAUGCAUUGGUCUUUGGAGUUUACAAGUGUGUAUCCAGUUUGCUCAAUGUGUCACUGUUGCUAUUGUGAGAGCUAGACUUUAAAAGAGUUUAUUUUAUUCAGACGGGGCGGAUAGACACAUGUGACGAGUGUUUGAGACUACCUCAGGAAAAUGUUGUUGCUAUGUUCAGGUAAAUUUUCUUUCUGUUAAAUGAAGAGUUCCCCGGUCUAAAACCAAAUCCCCCAAUCAGAGACUGAAUGUCCACGGGAGCUGCUUAAAUCAAAGAUUGAACCAGUGUUUAGCUUCACUGGGAAUGCAAAAGUUGAGCUUCUGUCUGCAUGGACUCAUUAGCCCUGCUUUAUGGGAGGCGGUCGUGUCAGUUUAACAUUCCAUUGGUUAAGGUGACAGAUGUUGGAUCUGCGGGAUCUUCAUUGAAAAAGGAGCAUACGGGUAUUUUUUACAAUCAGACUGGGGAUGUUAGGCUUUAUUGCGGGGAAGGGGAGUAUAGUUAGGUUUUUAGUUUUAUUGUUUUUCUUUUUUGACCAAAGUGUUAUGCAAUGCUUUCUUCAAACACCCCUUGAUGGGUUGGGGGCUGAUAGCUCCACAAAAAAUCAUUCUUAUCAAUGAAGGAUCAGGAUAAGAAAUGAAUCAAUCUGUUUCAGAGGGGCGACCCCCUGCUGGGCAGACGAGUGUGUUGCCGGAUUUCAUUCUAAAUGCUGCUAAACAUGCACACAUGGUUGUGCACACAUAUAUGCAUAGAGCAGAUGUGAUGAGAUUGUUUCUCCCUCUGAUUCUUUCAGAUGGCUUGUUUUUGCUCAGCUCUCUUCAGUGCCAGGAACCUGAAGCAUUGUAGCCUCGACACACUAUCAACCGCAUGUAUCUCUGUUGGUUUAGAGGUGAAGUUUGUGAAAUCCUGGAUUUUACAAUUAUUCAGAACAAACCAAAGAUCAGAAAGCUAAUGCUCGGUGUUUUUGACUGGUUAGAGAUCUUCUUGGGUCAUGUAUACCUGACCAACUAGAACCAAAAUGGAACUGACAACAAACACUUGGCCGAGAGUGUUAUCUUCUGUCAGCUCAUCCAGCUUCAAACCCAGAUUAAAAACCACUGGUCCGUUCAAAAGUCUUAUUGGGCAGUUUUAGAGGAACUUGGACUGUUUUCAGGUCUUGUCAGGUCCAAUCAAACUUUUGCACAGACCCAAGACCAGAAGCAGUUUAAGUUGGACCAGAUCCAAAUCCAAGAGGCCCUAGAUCGUGUGGAGCCGAGCUUCAGGUCCGAUUGAUUAUUGGCUAAGGUUGGCCAAAUGACCAAUAACCCACAUCUCUUAAUGAACUGGCUGUUAAAAGUUUGCAGAUUAUCAGCUUAAAGGAUGGAUUCAGUGCGACUGUUUCUGGCAGUGUGUCACUGCGGUCGAGGUUCAGAGUUUAAGAGACCACAUCGUUUAAAAAAAGCCAUAUAGAAAAUGGUCUUUACUUUUGAAGUUUGAGAUGAUCAUUUCAAGCCGGAGGAGGAGUCUUCCUGAUUCCUCAGGUUCUUUGCCAUUUCAUGACGUACGAACAAUUUGAAAUGAAGUCUUUGCAACGACUCUCUUUUUUGCACACAACGGUGGGGUUCGGAGACCUUAACCUUUGACCCUGGCCCAUACCCACCCAGUGUGUUCCGCUCUCUCAGGUCCCUGCAGACCUGAAUCUAAACAGGGUAAAGUGAGUGUUAUGUUUUGCAUUCAGGAGUUCCUCAGUGACCAUGCUGAUGAACUUGUAGUAUUAGUAGAUGUAGGUUCCAGGACAUUGUAGGUCCUCUGUAGAAAAGUGUUUUUCUCUCCCCCCCUUCAUUCAGUGGAUGUAGUUUGAAGAUGAGACCUGCAGGGAGAGUUGGUGAUGGACGGAGAGGUGGUGGCAUGUUCCGCACCUCGCAGCCUCCCACUGCAGGGCUCCGUGCUCAUAGUCAGCCGCUUUUCAUCUUUUGAUUUUUAUACAUGUUCAUGUUCCUUUUUAGUUAUAAUGUUAAUGUUUUGGAUUUUUGUUGUUUUUCACGUAUUCAUUGUCUUUCUUGUGGAGGGGGUAGUGAAAAGAGCCCCUGUCUUUUUCUAAACUUUGAAUGAAUGCUUUACUUUUUUUUUGACAGGAUUUUUAGUACUCAUUCCAUUGUCCACUAUAUUUUAUGGAACAGUCAUACACAGGCGAUGUGAGCCAUGUUUCACAUGGACUAUACUGACAUCUCGGAGCCUUUAUGUAUUUCUGAAUCAUUUUACAAUGCAAAUGUGAUGCUUUGGAGCCAUCUGCGGUUCCAAACCUGAGUUAAAUUACACUAAUGUUCUACCACUAGGAUUCUAAGAGCAGCUAAGACGGGUGUGGACAUAUUUUUGUCUCACUAUUUAGUCAAAUGUUCAUCAUGCAUCACACAGGCUUCUGAGGUUAAAGGGUCAUUUCACCAAAAAGCAUACCAAAAGCAUUUAAUAUUUUUUCACUUGCCUUGUAGUUCAGUUUUAGUUUUAUUUGUCCAGGCUUUGGGAAAUGUGCCUCUAUAUUUCUGCCAUCAUCUCUAAAAAUGGAUGGUGAACGGAAUUGAGCUCGUUUUGGGUUGGAAGCAGAAACUCAAGAGACCAAUGCCUCCAAAUCUAACCGCCAGAUUAAACUGGGGAACUGAGAAAGUAAAGAGUGUUCAUGUCUUCAUGUUGAACUAAACCUAAAAACCACAUAAUCUCAGGGAUAUGUUUUUUAUGUAAAUUCUGAGCGAUGCAUCAUCAAAACAGAACCAGCUCCCCCUGAAAUCCUCCUCCACUGUUGAGACACAGCUUCAGUUUAGUUUCAUAGUUACUUUUUCUUAAAAUUGCUGCCAUUUUGGACCUACGUCAUCAAUCCCACCUACUGUGGAUGUAUCUGUAGCAGGGUGGUCGACAACAAAGUCACUUCAUCUCAAAGUAACUCUAGGAAUGCUGAACAUCACAGUGCUGAGAUCUGACAGUGGGAGAGGAUCUGAAGGGGGCUCUUUCUUUAAUGUAGCAGCAAAUAUCAAACGGCUCCUCAACAAAUGAGGACUCACCACGGCUACCUUACUGUGACUUCCUGUCAGAUUUUGAAACACGUGCUGAAGAAGUGUUCUUUUUUUAUUGUCUGUAUUUGUAAUUUUUUUGCAGACGAGGGAUAUGUCAUUUGCAAUUUCUGUACUGAAACUACCUCUUUAUUUGUCAUCAUGUUGCUUACUUUCAAAUAGAAUUUUUUGUCUUAUUUAUUGGUUUCAUUGCACCAAUGUUCUAUUUUGUCUUUUUUUUUUUCACUCAGUGACCUCCAGAUGAAUGACACGCUCUGAUACCUGUUUCCUUAAUCUUUAUUUUUUUUAAUCGUGUAAACAUGUUGCCUCAUAAUCCUCUCUACCUCAGACUUGCCUGCUGUCAGCAACUUUUAUCUUCUCUGACUUCUGGCUUUCUCUCAUCCUCUACCUCUUUCAUUCAUUUCACUUUUGUCCUGUUAAUCAUAAGUCCAAUACCAAUGAUGUAAGAAUGUCAGUGUUCAGAUGAAGCAUGGCAUCAUGCCUUCUUGUUGCAGUAACCAGUGCUUUAUUUUGUGUGUUGACUUGUUACCCUGUGGCUGUUUGCUGUGUCCACUGUACUCACCACAUCCUGAUAUGACAGUUAUUCCUCUGUGCUCCAUGAUUGUUUUUCACUGGUAAGAAGGAACGAUAGCUAGCCAUUUCAUAUCAGAUUCUGAUGGACCAUCCAUCAGACGAAGAGUUUGUGGACAGACAUCUCCUCGUGUUUACACGCCUCACUCGUUGUUUGACCCUGGCGCUGCGGCACGCUACUUCAGAUAACCGUCUUAUCUCUGGGGUUGGACCUGUAUGGCUUUUGAACAAAUGCUGCCAGCCUAAAUUACUGAUAUAUAACGUCAUGACACCCAACUAUUGUAAUAAUCUUCCAAACGGCUCUGCCUUUACACCAACAUUAUGGGUCAUAUUUGCAUUCUACAAACAUAAGGUAAAGGUUGUGAAGAAGCAUGUUAAAGGCAUACUUCAACCCACCCCCACAGUUACCUUGCAUUCGUGAAGAAAGUGUGUCUCACAUGCCUUGAUGAAUCAAAGCAAAUCAGGUUAGACCUGAAUACAACAACAGCCCAAAAAACGAGUACAUCAUUUUAGGGUCAAAGUUUUCUUUUAAUCAACUUUAUUCCGCAGCUGUGGUCAGGGGGAAUCCAUCAUCCACCUGGCCAUCAAAGCCACACGUCCAGCCCCGCCACAGUAGCACUCUCAGAACCCUGAGAGGAGGAGCUCUGCAGCGCUCGGUUAUAGAAAGACCUUGUCGUAAGGUGCCUGUUAGAUGUUUCGCUACAAAGUCAUGACAUCAGUAAUGUUCAGCAACAAGCAUUGAGUUGCUGCACACUUUUAAAAGCUCUUACUAUAACCAUGUGCUCCACAAUUCCUGCUGCAGCCGUCAGACUGUUCAGGCCCCAGUCUGAGCCUCAGCCCCUGCUGUAGUCCUGCAGGACACGAUGAGUUUGGGAGAAGUAAAGGAUGAUCGUGACAUAUCUCAGGGAAGAAAUAUAUUUACACACGGUCAUCAUCUGUGAGCAGACGUUUGAAAUGCUUUUUUCUUCAGGAAUCUCUUGUCUGCUAUUAAUACUUUAACUACCUGUGAAGAAUGUGAUCCAUUACGUGUUAAAAGCAUGUUUAGAAUGUGUUAGAACUUGAAACCAAAUAAAUGUGAACGUUAUGCAAAUGUA